AUGAAGUACGUUCCCCUACUUUGGUUGGCCCUCGCGGCCGGAACACUCUCUGAGCCAUUUCAAGUCCCUUUUCAGGCUCCUCCAAGCAGCACAGCCCACAGCACAAUUGCGCCAGAGGCCACAGGUGUCAUCAGCAAUCCUGAAAAAGUAGCAGGUCAGACAUACGACUAUAUAAUCGCCGGGGGAGGUCUCACAGGUCUCACGAUCGCUGCCAAGCUUCUUGAGCACCGGGACAAGUUCAAAGUUCUGGUGAUUGAGAGCGGAUACUAUGGGUCUGAAUACGGUCCCAUCAUCGACGAUUUGAACGCAUAUGGUGAGAUCUUUGGCAGCAGCGUUGACCAUGCCUAUGAGACCAGCCCCCAGAUCCACAAGCGGGUUGAGAUCAUUCGGUCCGGCAAUGGCCUCGGAGGGUCCACUCUUAUCAACGGCGGAACUUGGACACGUCCACACAGAGAUCAGAUCGAUUCCUGGGAACAUGUUUUUGGAAAUACUGGCUGGAAUUGGGACAACCUGAAAAAAUACAUGGACGAGAUUGAGAAGCCUCGAGAUCCAACAAAGGACAAGGAUGUGACCGAGGGCCAUCACCACCCUUACGAGCCGGGCUGCCAUAACUCCAACCAUGACAAGGGCAAGGUAGAGGUUGGCGCGCGAGAUCGAAAGACCAAUUGGUCGCCGCUUAUCUUUGCGCUAAUGCAAACAGUCAACGACACCACUGGCGCCCCAUACCAGCAGGAUCUCUGCUGCGGUAUUCCCCACGGCGUGUCCAUGUUCCUCAACACCCUGACCAAGGGACAGGUUCGCACGGAUGCUGCGCGGUCGUGGCUGGAGCCUGUGCUCAACGACAAAUCGGCAAAAGCCCGCCUUACCGUCCUGACCGGCCAGCUUGUGGGCAGAGUCAAUCUCGAGCCAACUGAGAAGGAUGGCCCAAAGUACACAGCGACGGGAGUUGAAUUCGGCACCCACCGCAAGAAAGGCUGGAGGUUCAACGUCAGGGCGAAGCGCGAGGUUCUCCUCGCUGCUGGAUCGACUAUCUCCCCUCUGAUCCUGCAAUAUUCAGGGAUCGGUCCGGCUGAUGUGCUAGGGAACCCUAAAGUAAACAUCGAACAAAAGAUCGAUCUUCCUGUUGGCCUCAAUAUGCAGGAUCAGACCACAACCUCUGUCGUCGCACGGACCACCCCGGAGGGCAAUGGGCAGGGUCAAGUCGCGUACUUUGCAACCUUCGCGGAGGUGUUCGGGGAAGAUGCGGAGUAUUACAAGUCGCUCGUGAACCACAACGCCACACUGCGCGAAUGGGCCGCCGAGACCGUUGCCGGAGGCGGUUUCCACAACCAGUCCGCUCUGUUUCUUCAAUAUGUCAACUACCAGAAUUGGCUGCUGGGCAAGAACAACGUCUCCUAUGCGGAACUGUUUCUUGACACAGACAACCAUAUCCACAUUGACCUGUGGAACCUGCUGCCCUUCACGCGGGGAUACGUCAAAAUCCUCAACAGCGACCCCUACCUGCGUAGCUUCGAGUAUAACCCCCGCUAUUUCCAGAACAAGCUCGACCUCUACGGGCAGGCUGCGGCGUCGAAGCUCGCGCGUAAGCUGACCCGCUCCGGGAAAAUGGGAAAGUUCUUCGGCGAAGAGACGGUGCCGGGGGAGUUGCUGCCCGACGACGCGAGCCUGGAAGAAUGGGCCCGCUAUGCGAAGCAGAACUUCCGUGGCAACUAUCAUGGUGUUGGGACGUGCAGCAUGAUGAAGAAGGAAUUGGGGGGUGUCGUGGACGAAAAUGCCAAGGUUUAUGGAGUUAAGAAUCUGCGCGUGGUUGAUGGCUCUAUUCCCCCUACCCAGGUGUCUUCGCAUGUGAUGAAUGUGUUCUAUGGUAUGGCUGUGAAGAUUUCUAAAGCGAUCCUGGAUGAGCAUGAUGAGAGGAAAAGGGAAGACUCCUAG